CUGCUGCUUUGUGUCCGCUUUCCACACUUGUUUACAUGGAGAUUGUCUUCGCUUCGCACAGCUGGACCUCCUCAGUCUUUGCUAUCAUUUCUUAUCUGUCGUGUCCAUCCACUUUUUAAGAUUUUGUGUCGAAUCACGGCUUUGUUGCUUAUCUGAUUUAUCUGGGCUUGACCCGUGCACGGCUGUCCUGCUCGAGUGUCUGCGCGUUUUUAAGCAACAGGGCUGCUAGCUGCUGCCACUGUGCUCAGUACAGUGUGCAGUCGCCAAGCUAAUGUUUUCAAAUGAAGGAAAGAACCAGCUGAUUUCGUUGGGUCCACCCGAUUAUCGUGACAGCCUUAGUACAAUGGAUUUCAAGGAAAUAAGUCCCGUUCUAUGGACUACUGACCAUGUCAAAGAAUGGAUGAUGACAAACAACCAUAGUAAACUCAUUCAUUUAUUCUGCGAGGACCAUGCCAUUGAUGGGAAAGCAUUGCUUCUGCUGACUGAGUCUGAUCUAAGAUCGCCCUCUCUUGGAAUACGGGCUUUAGGAGAUAUGAAGCGUCUGAGUAUGUCUAUUCGACAACUUCAACUUGAAAAUUGUGAUGCCAUUGUGCAAAUGGGUUACGAUUUGAGUGAACUUAUACAAAUGCCAAAGGGCCUUGGUAGCUGUUACCCUUUGUGUUCCCUUCGUUCAGUGAGAGAUAGGUUAAUUCAUAAAGAUCCCUCAUUAUCAGAUUUUAUGGAGCGGCCAGGCUCUCAGUAUCAGGAUGAUUCUGGCGCUGAAAACCCAGGCUUACAACCUGAAAUUGGGAAAACACUUUUGAGUCUUUUCUACCUUUUUGUUGUAACAUGGAUCACCGCUUUUGUAAUGGUUGUUGUUCAUGAUAGAGUGCCUGAUAUGAAAAAGUAUCCUCCUCUACCAGAUAUUUUUCUUGACAAUGUGCCCACCAUUCCUUGGGCGUUUAGCAUGUGUGAAUUGAGUGGAACACUGCUGCUUAUUGUUUGGUUGGGAGUAUUAACAUUUCACAAACAUAGAUUUAUUUUAUUGAGGCGUUUUUUCUGCUUGUCGGGAACUGUAUUUCUUCUUCGUUGUGUGACAAUGAUUAUCACUUCAUUGUCUGUUCCUGGCACUCACCUACAGUGCAAUCCCAGUGUCGAUGAAGACUGGCAAAGAUUGUUCACAGAAGAAAUGUAUACAUCUCUCUCCCGUAAGAUCCAACGAGCCUAUAUCAUAUGGCGUGGGGCUGGAAUGUCCAUCCAAGGUGUGAGGACCUGUGGUGACUAUAUGUUCAGUGGCCACACUGUGGCUCUUACAAUGCUUAACUUCUUUAUAACCGAAUAUACUCCACGACACAUGUACUUUGUCCAUACAUUUACAUGGAUGCUGAAUAUGUUUGGCAUAUUCUUCAUUCUGGCAGCACAUGAACAUUAUUCAAUUGAUGUGUUCAUUGCAUUUUACAUAACUUCUAGGCUGUUUCUCUACUACCAUACUCUCGCUAACAACCGAUCUCUUAUGAUGAGAGACUCUAACAGAACAAGAAUAUGGUUUCCCCUGUUUAGCUUCUUUGAGUCAUCUGUUGACGGAAUUGUUCCCAAUGAGUAUGAAUCACCAUUAGUGCCACUGGGCAAGUUGUGCUCCCUGAUCUACACCAGAGUUUUCCAUUUUGUCCGCGAUACCCAUGUUCAGUUACUUGGAAAGAGGAUCAAAAACACAGACCCCAAGUCAGAUUGAAAAUAUUUUUAUCACCAACUUUCUAGUUUUCUCUCUCUAUUCUUUUGAAAGUUAUGUUGGAUUCUUUUAUGUGAUCGCCAUUGUUCGCCAAGUAAUCUUUUUGCCUCCUCAUAUAAGUUGAUCAUGUUUCAAGUUUUGUUCUAAAAUAAUUAUGUGCCCUAUUCUUCAUAUAAUUUUCUGCAAUUUGUAAGCUGUGAUGAGGUACUUUGGCCAAUACUGGAAUUUUGACUUCUUUAACCAUGGCUUCCAUUUUCUCUUUUGGUUUAAUUCUUUUUAAGUUGAUUUGUUUUUCUCUAGAGCUUGCAUGUAAGUCCAGUGAUGAAUGGGAACUUGUAAAUAGACAUAUUUCUUCCCACUGCAAGUGUUGCCAAAGACAAGCUCGCUCAAAAUCUGCAAGUCUUCAUUCAUAUGCUUAAUCUUUGUCUUAAACACUAUGUUUUAAAAUCAAUAAUAUGUAGUGUACUAUCUUGUGAUGUGUCUUGAAAGUCAAUUUAUUUUCUAUUAUGAUUUUUUUUUUUGCAUUUAUUUUGUGUAACCAGCAUAAAUAUUCUAAGACAUUGUUUGUGCUUACUCGCUGAAACAUUUGCAUUUGCUGCAGUUUCCGAGAACGGAUGUAUAUGAAAUCAUGUGUAGGGUAGAGAAUGUAUUUUAACUCGUUGUCUUCAAAUAAUUUUCCUAUCUACUGUAGA